AUGGACGCGGAGCGAUCGUCGCUGUGCAACUUCGUCGUGAACUUCCUGAUGGAAGAGAACUACCUCUUAACGGCCUUCGAGCUUCUUCACGAGCUCAUCGACGAUGGACGCGACGCUCAAACAAUCCGCCUCAAGGAGUUCUUCUCCGAUCCUUCUCGUUUCCCUCCCGAUCAGAUUUCUCGGUAUAAUUCGAUUCGAGUUGCGGAUCCGCAAAGUUUGUUGGAGGAGAAAGAAGCGUUAUCGGAGAAGUUAGCUAUUAGUGAAUAUGAACUUCGUCUUGCACAGGAGGAUAUUGCUAGAUUGAAAGCUGAAGGUCAGAAGAAAUCUGAUUGUUCCAUUGACAAGUUAAAAGAGUUGGAGGCAGAUGAGUUUGGAGACAACAGACCAGAAAUUACACGGAAAAAGAAAGAUUUUUCCUUCACUGAUAUAGGGCCUUUGAAGAACAAUGAACGUCGAGACUUAAACUGUGCAGUGAAAGAGUAUCUUCUUUUAGCAGGUUACAGACUUACGGCGAUGACAUUUUAUGAGGAGGUGACAGACCAGAACUUGGACGUUUGGCAGGACGGUCCAGCGUGCGUUCCUGAUGCCUUGCGCUAUUAUUACUAUCAGUACCUUUCAUCAACUUCAGAAGCAGCUGAGGAGAAAAUAGCCAUGCUUCAGGAGAAUGAAUCAUUGAAAAAAGAGAUUGAGAGGCUAAGCAAAGAAAAGGAUGCGCUACUUAAGAGCAAAGAAAUAUUCGAAGAGCAAAUCAGUGCUUUUAACAAGUCUACUGAAUCACUUCAGAAGGAUCUUAGGGACAGAGAAAAGCAGGUAGUGCAAAGUUUGAAGCAAUCCUUAGAGCAUCAGAGGAGGAAUCUCAAUGACUGCAGAGCAGAAAUCACAUCUCUUAAAAUGCAUAUUGAAGGGUCUCGUGCUGGUCAAAAUGUGUCAGCUAGUGGAAGUGAUGCUGUACAAUCCCAAUCCGUGGAUAAUGUCGAGAAACAGAAAAACGCUCUGCCUGUGGAAGUUGAGAAACCAACAAUCGAAAAGGAUGGUGGAUUGAUUUCUGAGAGUUCUAUAUCUAAUGAGAAAGGGCAUACGCAAACAGAAGACGGUCUUGUGAAGGAAGAGAUAAAGAAUAUAGUUCCUGAUCUAAGAGAGGUGGCAGAAGACGCCAGCAGUGUAUCUUAUAAAUCCUUGGAUAAUACGUUGGAGAAAGAAGUCUCAAACCAUAUGUUAACUCCAUCGAAUGGUAAUUAUUCACCCAGUGACCUUGAAAGCAUCAUGAAACUGGAUUCUGGAAUUGGUCGUUCAAAAUCGGAAAAUGCAAUUGUGGAUGCAGCUUCUGAGGAAACGGGCUUAGGAACAAUUCAGAUACUUGCAGAUGCUUUGCCAAAUAUUGUUCCAUAUGUUCUGAUAAACCAUCGAGAGGAACUCCUCCCACUGAUGAUGUGCGCAAUCGAGCGGCAUCCAGAUAGUAAUACAAGAGACUCCUUGACCCAUACACUGUUCAACCUGAUCAAACGUCCAGAUGAGCAGCAGAGGCGGAUUAUUAUGGAUGCAUGUGUUAGCCUAUCAAGGAAUGUUGGGGAAAUGAGAACAGAAACAGAAUUGCUUCCACAGUGCUGGGAACAGAUAAAUCAUACAUAUGAAGAACGCAGGCUACUAGUUGCUCAAUCAUGUGGGGAGCUUGCAGAGUAUGUCCGCCCUGAGAUACGCGACUCUCUUAUUUUGUCAAUCAUACAACAACUAAUAGAAGAUUCUGCAACCGUUGUUCGAGAGGCUGCCGCUCAUAAUCUUGCAUUGCUACUUCCUUUAUUCCUGAACACAGACAAAUAUUUUAAGGUUGAGGAGAUGAUGUUUCAGUUGAUAUGCGAUCCAUCUGGCCUGGUAGUUGAAACCACAUUGAAAGAACUACUUCCUGCAGUGAUAAAGUGGGGUAACAGGCUGGAUCAUAUCUUGAGGGUUCUUCUUUCUCACACAUUGAGCUCUGCGCAGCACUGCCCACCCCUUUCUGGAGUUGAAGGGUCAUUGGAGUCUCAUCUACGAGUCCUUGGUGAACGGGAGCGAUGGAACAUUGAUGUCCUACUAAGAAUGCUCAUGGAGUUGCUUCCAGCUGUACACCAGAAAGCAAUGGAAACAUGCCCUUUCUCUUCUCUCUCAAAGUCAGAUGAAUCUGCAGUCUCUGUUUCCUUGCUUGAGACCUAUGCCGAGGGACGUUCUGAGUGGCCUAUGUUUGAAUGGAUGCAUGUUGAUUGCUUUGCUAACCUGUUACAAUUGGCAUGCAUGUUGGCCCAGAAAGAAGAUCAUUUGAGAAAUCGGAUAACAAAGUUUCUCUUGGCUGUGUCUGAACGUUUUGGAAGUUCCUACCUAACCCACAUUGAGUUACCUGUGUUCUUAGUGGCCGUUGGAGAUGAUGCAGCUGAUCUUCAGUUUUUACCUUCUGCAAUCCAUCCAAGGAUAAAAGGCCUGAAACCUAGAACUGCUGUAGCCAAUAGACUCGCCACUCUAUGUAUUCUACCGCUUCUUUUGGCAGGAGUUCUUGGUGCACCAAGUAAACGUGAAGAGUUAACAAUUUACUUACGACAACUCUUAGUCGAGAGCAAAACAAAGGAAAACCAGUCAGCAAAGCACAACAACGAGGUUUUGGAUGCAGUUCGCUUCCUUUGCACAUUUGAAGAACAUCAUAACAUGAUAUUUGGCAUUUUGUGGGAAAUGGUCGUUGAUGCCACUGCAGAACUCAAAAUCAACGCUGCUAAGUUAUUGAAGACCAUCGUUCCAUAUAUUGACGCAAAAGUUGCUUCCGCCAAUGUUUUACCAGCCUUGAUCACUCUUGGCUCAGAUCAAAACCUAAAUGUGAAGUACGCAAGCAUAGAUGCAUUUGGGUCUGUAGCACAGCAUUUCAAAGUCGACAUGAUUGUUGACAAAAUCCUAGUCCAGAUGGAUGCUUUUCUCGAAGAUGGUUCUCAUGAAGCUAUAAUCGCAGUCAUCCGUGCACUCUUAGUUGCUAUUCCGCACACAACAGAAAGGCUUCGAGAUUAUCUUUUGUCCAAGAUUUUCCAGCUUUCAGCAAGUCCAAGCUCUUCCACAGACGUAACCCGUCGCCGAGAGAGAGCCAACGCUUUCUGCGAAGCCAUUCGUGCACUUGAUGCAACCGAUCUUUCCCAAACAAGUGUCCGAGAAUACCUCAUCCCAGCGAUUCAAAACCUAUUGAAAGAUCCAGACGCGCUUGAUCCAGCUCACAAGGAAGCAUUAGAGAUCACAUUGAAGGAGAGAUCAGGUGGAACACUUGAAGCAUUCAGCAAAGCCAUGGGUGCCCACUUGGGGAUUGCAUCAUCUGUGACAAGCUUGUUUGGAGAAGGUGGCUUGCUGGGGAAAAAAGAAGCAAACGAAGCCUCAACGGUUACACCGUCAUCACCUACUCUUCAAGGACCUGAUUCACCAAAGGCGGUGCCUGCUGCGACUGAAGACAACAGAUUCAGACGCAUCAUGAGAGGCAACUUCACUGAGAUGCUAAGGAGUAAACCCAAGAACCCAGAUGAGACACCGCCUUAA